AUGUCGUCACUGUUCGACCUCUUGUACGGCCUCCUCGAGCCUUGGCUACUCCUCUCCCUUGCCGCCGGUUAUCUCCCAAAGACAAUCGUGGGCAUCGUGAAGCGGGGAGCUUGGGCUACGUUUGGCAACUGGAGCGCCUUUAGCUCGGAAUGGUUCGCGGUCGUGUGGACCGUCGGUGGUCCCAUGGUCCGCGCUGGCGCCGAGAGCAAGGUCGUUCCGCUCCUCCAAGGCCGUGUCCGUGCUGGUGCAGUCGUUCCCGUCGACGUCGCCACACAGUGUGGUGUGGGCGGCACAGUCAUCGAAAUCGGACCAGGCAGUGGCAUGUGGGUCUCAAUCUUCUCGGACAAGUACGUCACGGGUGGGCCAGAGGUCAAGGACGGCAAGCCCGUGUUCAAAAAGGGCGAGCGUAGCCGCGUGGAUAAAGUGUACGGCAUCGAGCCCAACCCUGGUCAACACCCUGCCCUUCGCGCCCGUGCAAAGGACGCUGGCUUGGAGGGCCGCUACGAGAUUGUGCCCGUCGGUAUCGAGGAUAUUGCGGGAAGGCACAUUGCAAAGGAGAGCGUGGACGCGAUUGUGACGGUCCUCUGCCUCUGCAGUAUCCCUGACCAAGAGAAGAACGUCGCCGAGCUGUACCAGUAUCUCAAACCUGGAGGCCGUUGGUUUGUGUACGAGCACGUCAAGUCACACCCAUCCCAGGGAGAGGCCAUCAGCCUGUACCAGCGUGCACUCAACCUCAUCUGGCCCACGUUCAUGGGCGGCUGCGACCUGUGCCGCCGGACCGAAAAGUCGCUGCGCGCCGCCGGCGCAUGGGCAGAUGUCGACCUCGCCAUGCCAGUCGACGAGCCGUGGUGGGCGACCACUCCUCACCUCUACGGUAUUCUCACCAAGCCCGAGUAG